AUGAAAUUCGCUCAUUUAGUUACUUUUCUGCCUCUUGUGCAGGCACUUCCGCUCUCUAAGCGCGACAGCACCGAACUGACCAUUCAGAAUCGACUGGGCAACUACUAUGAGAUUGAAGGUGUUGUAGGGGACUACUUCACCAACCUUUCGUUCGUUAUCAACUCUGCUCAAGACGACUCUUGGGUCUGGUCUGACCAAUUCAACACUAAUUUAUCAAACACUUUCAUAUCCUCGACCGAGGAGUUUUGUUUCCAGGACUUUGUCACUGACAUGACUGUGUCAGGAGUCUAUGGCUCAGACAAGGUGUUUCUUGACUCCCUGGGAAUCGACAGCUUGAAAUUUGGAGUCGCCACCACCAACCAGGUCGGCUACAGCGCAUCUUUGGGACUCGGCAGCUCGAGCUCUUUUAUUGAGGCGCUCUAUAAUGCUGGCCAAAUUUCAAGCAGGAUUGUGUCUAUUUGGCUGCAGAACAAUAGAUCUCCUGGUAAGAUCAAGUUUGGUGGCACAGACAGUUCUCUUUAUUCCGGCAGCUUGACUUAUGUUGACCUGAUUAGUUACCAGACCGACAAGACAAAUGGUAAAUAUUUUAUUUCACUGGACACGAUUGAAACCUCAUCUGGCUCUAAGCUCGCCAGUGGACAGACCGGCUAUAUCGACACUGCUUCUGUUCUCUCCUACGUGCCUUCUGAAGUUCUGGGACAAAUAACAGACGAUCUGCAAGCCAGCGUUGACCAGAACAGUGGUUUGUGGACAGUUGACUGUGGCACAAUUGAGACCACUGACUUGAGCUAUAAACUCGUUUUUGGCAGCACUGCUAUCGAAGUCCAGGCGAAUCAGCUAUUUUUCCAGGAGUCCGACACCUGUUACCUGACAGUGACAGAGACUCAAAUUGACGGCGUUGUUGUGUUGGGCCAGUCGUUCCUUACGAGCAUUUACUUGGUGCUUGAUCUAGACAAACAACAAGUUGGCUUGGCUCAGGUUGACGUGGACCAGAAUGUGGUCACCAGCUGCUCUCUCUGCACUCAUUCGAGCACAAGCAGCAGCAGCUCUUUGACUACAACUUCCACCUCUUUGUCAACAAGCAGCACCAGCACGAGCAGCUCUAGCACCCCAAGCUCCAGUUCCAGUUCCAGUUCCAGUUCCAGUUUCAGUUCCCGCACAAGCUCUAGCUCCAGCCACAGCUCUUCAAGCUUCACCAGCUCCACAUUUUCGUCUAGCAGCACGCUGACAACAAGCACAUCAACAAGCUUCACCUCAAGCAGUGUGGUUCCUGAGACUUCGAGCCCAGUUUCCAGCUCAAGCACCAGCUCAACCACUUCGACCUCAUCAACUCCUAGCAGCACGUUUAGCAGUUCCAGCCAGUCCACAUCCACUACGCCUCUUUCAACCCCAAUAAGCACAAGCAGUUCGUCUAUAGCCAGCACAUCCAGCUUCAGCUCCAGCUCCUCAACACAGUCUUGCUCCGGAUCAUUGGUUACCACAACUUAUCCCACAAGCAUUUCCAGCGGCGACUGGACCACCGUCUCUGUGGUGACCAAUUACGUGUGCUUCUUUGCUGUCUCCAGCUUUGAAACUACCACCGAGACCACGUGCACAAUCUGCACAAGCACACCGCCAAGCCCUGAGGUUGUCACUGUCUCCAGCCACGAAUCGUCUGCAACACCACAGUCGACGCUCACUUCAACGAGCAAGAACACAAGCUCCACCCUAACUAUUCCAACCUCAUCGACCUCUCCACGGCAGGUGACGACCGCCUCCAGCUCCUCUACUUCCUCCAUUUCAAGCUCCUCUACUCCUGAGAGCCACUCAAGUACGCUCGCUUCAACCUGGAUCACCACCAGCACUCCAGAAACACCUAGCACCUACGAAACGACCGUGCACACCGGAAACACGGUCACGGAGACACUGAGCUGCAGCACAGAAUCAGCCCCAGAAAGCACUACUGUCACUACCUCCUCUCAGACUCCAUCACCUUCCACCCUUACUCCUCAAGAGGUGACAUCUGUAACACCGGCCACCCAAUCCACACAAACCAUCACCGAAGACUGUUCCUGCUCUACCUCAGCCUACGUUUCUUCGGGAAGCACUAUAUUCACAGUUGUUUCUACUUACACCAGCACUUACCCUGCCCUUGUGACUCCUUCUACCAGCAGCUCUGUGCAGUCUGUUAGUAAAUCACACGCACCUAGGCUGUCGUCUCUUGCAGACUACUCUUUCGUCAGCUCUUCAUCUACUACACCAGCCCAAACCGUCCUGACUUUCGCAGGAGCCGGCGUGCGAAACCAGGUCAGCCUCGCUGCCAUCCUCCCUGUGUUGUUUUAUAUUCUCUAA